UGACACAUUGCGCGGCCGAUCGACCCAUUGUGAAGUGACUGCGCCUGUCGCUGCUAUUUCUGUGAUAAAUUAUAGAAAUUGUAAGACAACCGAAACUUGUAGUAUGCGUUGAUUUAUCGAACGGAUUGGACGACGAAGUCAAACGAAAAUUCGCGGAAAGUGUAAUUGCAGAUGAAUAUGUGUGUGUGUGUGUGUGUGUUAUAGAAGUGAAGUGCAUAAAUGGGUGAAGUUCACAGUGGCCAUAAGCAAAACAUGCAGAAUCAAUUGAAAAUGUUGUAAAUAGUGUAACAACAACAAUCACUUGGGAAAAGCAUAGCCGAAAUUAGUUCAAAGUCAAUUUGUCGUUUGUGCGCGUGUGUUGUUGCAACGGAAAAUUUGUGCGUCGCGAAACCUGAUUGAUGAAUUGCAAGUGUAGACUUUUUAAAAGCAUAUCUAUACAUAUGUAUGUAUAUGCAUAUAAAGUUUACAACAGAUGUACUAAUACUAUAGAUAUAUGUAUAUAUACAUAUUUUGUGUGUCUAUUUGAAACAUCUGUGUCUAAUUGGAAUACAGAAACUGUGAAAUAAGUCUUUUUUAAUUCUAUUAAUGCACAUACACCUACGUAUGUUUGUAGAACAUACAUAUAAACACACAUUUACCUACAAGUAUUUUUUUUUUUUUACAAACACAAAGUGAAAUUAAACGAGCAAAAAUAAAUUUUAAAAUUUUUUCACCCAUAUAAAAAGUGUGAACGAAAAUCAAAACAAAAAAAAAAACAAAUAAUAAUAAAAGCAGCAAAGCAAAAGCAAACAUCAAAGUCGAAAACAAACGCACACAGCACAAUAGGAGAGAAAAAAACUCACUCAAAUACUAAACAGUCUCUAACAGCAUAGUGACCACCAGCGAAAAUGAGUCAAUCGUGUCUGCCAGUCAAUGCCAAAAUGUCGAAGGCGAAGAAGGUGUUGGAUGAAGCGCGUGAAACGCAGAACCGUGAGCUCGAUUUGGUCGACAAGGGCAUUAGCUCCUUCGAGGAGCUGCCGGGAUUGUUCAACAUGUCCUACAUUACGCGCCUCACACUUAGCCACAACAAGAUCACCAUGAUCAGCCCGGGUAUUGCCAACCUGCUCAACUUAGAGAUAUUGAAUUUGUCCAAUAACGGUUUGCGCGAGCUGCCUGUAUCGCUCUCGUCAAUGCCGAAAUUGCGCAUACUAAAUGUGUCGCUGAAUCGUUUGGACAGCCUGCCACGCGGUUUCGGCGCUUUCCCCGUGCUAGAGGUAUUGGAUCUCUCCUACAAUAAUCUCAAUGAGAAUGUGCUGCCGGGAAAUUUCUUUAUGAUCGAAACACUUCGCGCACUCUACUUGGGUGACAACGACUUCGAACACAUUCCCAAGGAGUUGGGCAAUUUGAAGAACCUGCAAAUACUCGGCUUGCGCGACAAUGAUCUGCUCGAUUUGCCGCGUGAAAUUGGUGAACUGACGCGUCUGCGCGAAUUGCAUAUUCAAAAUAAUCGRCUGCAGGUGCUGCCACCGGAAGUGGGUAAUCUGGAUUUGUUAGGMAGCAAAUCGGUGAUGAAGAUGGAGGAGAAUCCGUGGGUGGUGCCCAUACAAGAGCAGUAUCUGCUCGGUAUUAGCCACGUCAUCGAAUACAUAAAAACGGAAACWUACAAAAUUCUCUACAACCGGCACAUAAAGAGCGAACGUGGCCCACCMCCACCAAAGGCCGAUAAGAGCAAGAAGGCGUCACGUGYYCGCGCCUAAGCUGACUCAGUCAAGUUAACGCUGCAUAAAUUUCGAAUUUGCCAGACCGUUGUGCCUUUAUGUGGAAAACAAAAUGAACUAAUGUUUUUCAAGUGUAUUAACAAUAAAUGUUUUGUAAUUGUAUUUGCAGUCGGYACCAAUGUGCAUUCGCAUUCAUACUGAUUUAWUUUUGUACUAAUAAUGUUAAGUAAAUGUUAAAUUAUUUCACAACCUCUAAA